CCAACGCAACAGUUGCUGUUGGAUUCGCGAAUAUCUUCCUUCUGACGCGGAACGAAAAAUUUUGAAAAUUUAAAAGUUCUUAAGACAAUCAUUUUGUUGGAUAGAGAAUUGUUUUUUUGGGAUAUUUUACUAUAUUUUUAUAUCCUGUCACAACUGCAAACAUCUUCAACUCCAAGUUAAUAUGAUUGCAGCUUCCUAACAUUCGAAUUCACGAGACGUUUCGUAUCCUGUGAAUUAAUAUGAACACCUCAUUACUUGAAGAUGAAAUAUUCAGGACCAAUCUCACUAUAGAUCAGUGCAAAGCAAAGUAUGCUACUGAAACUCAGAAUUUAUCGGAAACUCAGCCCCAACGAUUUUGUAAAGUCAUAUCGGAUAGUGUUUUGUGUUGGCCACCUACUCCUUAUAACAGCACUGCUACAAUUAGAUGUUUUUCUGAGUUAUUCAAUAUCAAGUAUGAUGACACACAAAACGCAACAAGAGAAUGUCUUUGGAACGGUACGUGGUCUAAAUCCAAUUAUUCAGCUUGCAGAGAAAUCAUUGCGUUACCUGCAGAUGUUGAGACACAGACAACAAUCUACUUUAUUGGAUAUACGUUAAGUCUGGUAACUCUAGCUAUAGCGAUGACUAUAUUCACAUAUUUCAAGGAACUACGCUGUUUACGAAACACAAUACACAUGAAUCUGAUGUUAUCGUACAUACUCACGUACUGCAUGUGGAUUGUUACUCUAAUAUCGUUGAAUUUUGGAGGUAGCAUUCUAUGUAUAUUCAUCGUAACAUUACUUCACUAUUUCCACAUCACAACUUUCUUCUGGAUGUUUGUUGAAGGUCUCUACCUUUAUAUUCUGGUCGUGGAAACGCUCACUAGGGAGAAUUUCAAAUUGAGAGUAUACGCCUUUAUAGGAUGGGGAAUGCCGAUGAUUUUUGUACUGAUAUGGGCGUCGGUUAAAUCUGUUAUUCCUGCUAAUGAUGACCUCGCGAAUACUUGUCGUUGGUUUGAAAGCCACACUAUCGACUGGAUAUUUCAGGCACCGACAUUAAUUGUCCUGCUAUUGAAUCUCGUUUUCCUACUCUGCAUCAUGUGGGUCUUAAUCACAAAACUCCGUUCUGCCAAUACAGUAGAAACGCAGCAAUAUCACAAAGCAGCUAAAGCUCUUCUAGUCCUCAUGCCUUUGUUGGGUAUAACAUAUGUAAUCACUAUUUAUGCACCGACUCCUGAUAAGACUUCUAUCAACGUAUUUGAAUGCACUAGAGCAGUUCUUUUAUCAACGCAGGGAUUCACUGUUGCUUUAUUCUACUGUUUUCUGAACACUGAAGUUCAAAAUACUCUUCGACAUCAUUUCGAAAAUUGGAAAACAAGAAGAUCAUUGGGACCAAGAAGUCUUCGAUCUGGGAGUAGGAGUAAAGACUGGUCACCAAGAUCAAGAACUGAAAGUAUUAGGUUAUAUAGUCAGCCAACGAAUAUAUAUCACAAAAGGGAAUCUUGCACUUCGGAACUUACAACUACGACUGUAGUAACUGUCAACGGGGGAGGAACAAGGCCGACAAACGGAACCCCUAAAACAAGAAGCCCAUUUUUGUAUCCACCCAGGCCUAGUUACGGAGGAAGUGUGUGAACUUUAAGAAGAAAUACUAUGUAAUUUCUUUUCCGUUCAAAAAUAUGCAACAGGUGGACCAGUUAAUAAAAAAAUAUGGUUUAUUUUGAAAAAUAUUCAAAUUAAAUGUUGAAAUAUAAUUUUAUAAAUCUAUAUUUAAAUGAGAUUUCGGUUGUAAGACAUACUUAAAUGAAAAAAAAAUAAUGGAAAUUUGAAACGAAAGAAUAAAAUUUCUUCUGUUUUCUUGAAGUAAUUAACAGAAUUUAGUACGAACGUAAUGAGAGAAUAUAUUUAUGUAGCCACCGAGUUUGCUAAUUAAAUUUUUUUAUAUUCCCCAAAUGAUUAAAGUUAUAAUUUGAAAUUACACAUUAUUACGAACUACCCUUUCUAUGAUACUGUACUGUGUGGUAAUAAACUAACUUGCCAUUAACUGUUGGGUUAUUUAUGAUCUAUCAAAUUACGAUUACAACUGACGGGACACUUUACAGCUAUUGGAAAAAAAAUAGAUUACAAAUGACAUUUCUUCUUCUUAUUGGUAGAUUCCAAAUUUAUAAUCAAUUAUCAUCAUCAUCAAUCAAUUUGUCAAUAUUCUAUUUGUCAUUCACAAUAUACACUACCGGGUCUGAAGUUGUUCACACCAUAAUCCAGUCAUUAAAUUUCAAAAUAAUAUACAAUUGUCUCAUUAAUAUUGUCAAACAAAGGUCGAAACAGUGUCUUACAAACUAAUAAUAGUGUCCGUUAUAUGUUUACUUCAUACGAGUGCAUUUUAAUCGGUGUUUAUGAUUGUAGUUUAGUCCCAGUUAGUCCUAUGAGACGCAAGAACGUGCAGUGACUUAGACUUUUUGGAUUAAGAUAUCUGUUUGUGGAAUUUUGUAUAUGGAAUGUUUUCGUUCCCGCAAAUUUAGACUCGUAAGUUCUAAAUGAGUAAAACCAAGAAACAAACGGUUGAAACUCGAAUAUUAAUCACAAUUCCUUAGUCGAUAUAAAAGUAACCGUAUCGUUGCAGAUGUAUUGAAAAUACCUCGACGUACUUUGGAUUACAACGUGAACAAAUAUGCAUCAUCGCGAGUUUUGACGAUAGAAAACAUUUAGGACGGCCAUGAAAAAUCAAAAUCGUUAAAGAUAAACGUAUUGUUUUGAUUUGACUUUGAGUGUUUGUGCGCGGGUCAAAAGAUGUUAGAUCUAUGUUUAAAUCCGAUUGUAAGACAUGAAGGCUCGGUGAUAUUUUGGAGGAAAGAUGUCUGGAGACCUUGUGAAAAUUGAAGGAAUUUUGAAGAAAGAAGACUAUAAAAAAUGUUGGAGGAGAAUAUAGGGCUUUCUUGUUCGGCAAUAAAUAUAUCUUCCAAAAUGAUAACGAUCUCAAUCAUUCCUCGAAGCUAUACAAGUAAUAUUUGAAAUGAUUGGGAAAGAAGAAUGUACUAAAAGUAAUGAUUUGGGCACCAGAGUCGCCCGACCUCAACAAGAUUAAGUUUUUGUGGGACAAAUUGGAGAGGGAAUUCAAAAUACAGUGUCCUCCUUUUAUUUCUUCUUUGGAAUAUCCUGAAAAAUGAAUGGAAUGCCAAACUUUAUAUCAAAAUAAUUAAAGCAAACCGAGGUUACAUCGAAUCAAAAUAAAAGUGAAUAAUAACAAAUAUGUAACAAUUACAGACUUUUGACCUGUAGUGUAUUUUCAAACUAGCAUUUAUAAAGAACCUUAUUCUUAUCUAACUUUUAAUCCACAUAUCUUCUUUAUGAACAAAAAUCAAAGUAACUUUUUGAAUUCACUCUAUAAUUCAACCAGCACAAAUUUUUGGAAUAACUAAUAGAUGUUGCUACCUCAUAAUUUUUUUUCAGUUUAUUGAUCAGAACGUAUAUUUCCAGUUUUCAUGAACAGAUCUAUGAUUAGAUCAACUCAAUUAAUUUUUUAAACAAAUGUAACCGCAAGUUUUUCCAUCUCUCUUGAAGUUUCUUGUUUUAAUAUUUGAAAAUAAUGCUUAUCGGCAAAUCCAAUGUGAAAUGAAUUUCAAUCCGAAAGUUAAAGAAUUUACUUUAAAAAAUUAGUUAAGAAAUAUAAUUCGUUGUCAAAUAAAAAAUCUGAUUGUAAAACUAAAUUUCUGAAAAACGUUUCGUUUCUCCAACAGAAAUAGAGAAAACAAAUAGAAAUUGAACGAAAAUGUUCGAGUUAUAUUUCAAUAAGAAAAGUAUCUGAGAUUUCAAAAUGAAAUAUUCAAAAGUAUGUUGCGUAUUGAAAUAAAACUAGUUAGUAACAUAAAAUAGCACUCCAUGAAGCAAAAUAAAAAAAAGAAUAUUGUAACCUUUAAACUCAACAUAAAAAAAAUUUUUGCCUUUAUUCCAUUUUCUCCUAUCCGUUUUUAAAUAUAUAUAUUAAUCAGUACAUCCAGUAUGAUGAUUACUAUUAUUAUUAAUAUCAGAGAAAGUGCUAUUUUUUUAUUUCUCAAAGUUUUUGUAAUAAACUUCCCGAGAAGUCAUCGGUGAACGUAUUUAUUUUGACCAAAACGUACAUAACGUAUUUACAUCAGAAGCUUGGUAAAUUGAGAUGAAUAUUUAUGAGUCAAUGUUAUUUCAGCUUUGACGAUACUCAGCCUGGACAGGCGAUUAAUUAGAAAAAAUAAAGUUACAACAAGCUGUUAAUAAAAAACAGAUAUUUGAAAAUAUAACUUUUGAAAAUAAAUAAAA